UUGGCAGCUUUCAAAAGUGAAUUGCAAGAACAAUCGGGAUCUGAAAAGGGAUUCAGCAUUUUAAUACUGAAUAAUCAACAGCUAUGGCUUCUUUGACAAAUCAAGUGACACCUGACAAAAUGGUUUCUGGAACAUUUUCCGCACUUUGGACAGCUCUUCAAAAUAGUUACGAGGGAACCAAUAUCACAAGAACAGUAUCAAGACUUUUGCACAUGUAUCAACCAGAAGAUGGAAUCCUCGCUUAUGAACGUCUUCUUCGGACACUUUAUGUCCUUCUGGAAGAUUUUGACACCAAUGGAUUUCAACUUCUUGUUUCGAUGGUUCCUCCUCCAAAGGAUGUUCCCCAUUCUAGAAUACAAGAAGUUUUCCAAAAAUCGACAGGAUAUUUUAGAAUAAAUCCUCCUGUUUCUCAAAGUCAAUGCGAUUCUUUAAAUGAAGUUGGCUCUGACGCUCAGAUCAGUAACACCAAAGAUCCUAAUCGCAAAGACGUGAUUCAGUCUUCAAGAUAUUUUCCUAAAAAAGGUGAAGGUUCAGAAAACUUUGAGUCUAGCCAGAUAAUAUCGACAGAUCCAGACGAAUUUCGUGGUUUUCCAUCGAACGAGAUAUGUACCACUCAAACUCGUAUGCAAAAUAUAAAUCAAUUGUAUGAACCGACUGGAAAUUAUGUAUCUCAAUCAUGUCAUACUUGUAAUCACAAUACAAGUCAAACUGGAAAAAUUCAGAAUCAAGCAAAUGCAAAUUCUCCAAGCUCACCCAUUGACCACAGAAUGAAGUGGAUUUACACUCCUUAUUUAUUGAGAAAAAAUGCGAUUUGUCAAUCUACUCAAAUGUAUCGAGAUCCUCUUGUUAUUUUCCAAACUUCAGAUCAAAGACAUUUGGGAAUCCCCAUGUCUCAAGUAAAUCAGUUUCAAAGAAACGACCACUCUUGCACGACCCAGGAAUGCCUUAAGAAAAAGGAGCCAGUUUGUAUUGAUUUAUCCCCAAAAGAGCAAAAAGUUUCAAAUACCAAAAAAAUGGAUUUGAGUCCCGAAUCUAGUUCGAAAAAUAUAAAUCUGCAAGGAGAAAAUCAAAAUUCUCCGGAAGAAAUGGAGAAACGAAAUUUAAGUUUUCAAACGAAAAUCGAAAAAACGAAAGAAUUUAUUGAAGAGGAGACAAAUCUUCUAGAGAAAGAAGUUAAACUUAUGCAAAGAGCUAUUCAGGAAGAUAUUUACAAAAUGGAUGUUGUUCAGCCUAUCCAAACAGAUUUUGCGAUGUCAAAAUUUUCUCCAACCCCACAACCAGAGAGUCUGGAACCAGAAAACUUGGAAGUUCACAAGGAACUCAGGCAAAGUGUACAAAAGUUCUUACAGAGAGUCAGGACAGUCUCUGUAUCAGUUCCAAAACCAAAAGCUGCACCUCGAAAAAGUCAAACAGUUUCGGAUGAAACUUCCGCUUUCAUAGAUUGCUGGAAAAAAAUAAUAACGAGAUCGGUACUAGGCAGGGAUCCAAAACCGACUUCUUCAGAUUCUCAUAAAAAUCCAGAUACUAAAAAAGAAUGUAGCAUCCUAAGACAAAAUAGUUCUACACCAAAAAAAGAAAGUGAAAAGAAAAUUCGUAGAAAAAAACCGAAUCCUCCAACAAGGCCGAAAUCAGAAAGAGUGGCUCAAAGAACUACGAAUCGAUUACAAAUUGAUGAAAUCGAAAAUCAAACCUCUUCCGGGAACGCGAUGAAAAGGAUGAACGUGAAAAAGGAACUUUCGCUUGAAGAACCAAACCUUCGCUUCCAACACAAAAGCUGUGAAUUAAACUCAAUAAAUGUGCUGCAACAGGCAAAUUCAGUGUCAGAAUUGGCGAAUUAUAAAAAACAGUACUAUGAUGCUUUACUGAGUAUUCAAAGAGCCAAAGUCGCAGUGGCAAAUUCCUUGGCAAUUUCGUCGGUCGGAAGUACAACUGGAUACGACCCUUACUACUUUAAUUAUUUACAUCGUCAGCAUCAAUUAAUGCAACAUCAGCAACAAUUUUUGUUAGGAAGACAAUUUUCAAACCAGCGACCUUUUCAAACUAUUCCUAAUAAUCAAAAUAGGAAUUAUUGGACAAAUUCUAGCGAAUGGAGAUACCCGUCUUUUGGUCAAUUUCGCUUUCCUCGCCACCCUCAUACGAUAUAUUCGCCUGGGACAAAUCCUCCAGCUUUCAGUUUUUUGGCACAAGACACAGUCACUGGAGAAGUUCGCCAAUAUGGAGAAAACCAAUGCGAUCAACUAAAACCCAACAUAAAAAGAAAAAAGUUUGACGAAAUCGUUGAAAAACUGAUUGAGCCUGAAAACGUUGCCGGGCCUCAAAGUUCAUCACCUCAACAAUCGCAAAGUCCCAAUUGUAAAUAA